UUGAAUAGAGUGGUCUAUCAAGUUUCUAAAACAUCUGCUAUAUGUGAGCCCGAUGAUCCCCUUGAUGAUCACUAUCUUUCGUAUACGGGCCGAGAGCGUAAGCGGCGUACCGCAAUGCAACUUCCAUUUUCUGCAACGAGCUCAGCACCAAUCCCUACAGGCAAUGCUAAUAUGCCUGGUUCGAGUCCUCUUUUGGCAACCGGUUUUAAAACUCAAUCUUCUGAAUUGUCUAAUUCCCCAGGAAGGGAAGAUGUCUCCACCUCAAUAGUGAUUCGUCGAGGAUCGUUUCCUUUACGUCGAGGUGAUCAGAGGGUUCCUCUCAGUCGACGUGGAAAGCGGAUUCGGGAUGAAUUAACUCUUGUUGAUGACUGUGCAGCAUGGAAUUACGGAGAUAGUCCUCUCGCCUUAUCAGCUGAGACCACCCACCUACAAAGUGGCCUUAAUGAACCUUCACAUUUGUUUUGUAACAGAGAAAAACGGCCGAAUGAUGAGGAAUUUAAGCCUCUGCAACCUUUAUGGUUUACCAGUCUCUCUGAGGCUGUUCUUUGGGCUGUAAACCAAUGCGCCUAUGAGGCUUCUGCAAACGCUAUCACCUCAGCGACGGCCUUGGCAACAACUGCCGUUACGAUGCCAACUGUCAUGGCAAGUACCUCAUCCUCUACUGAGGUGCCUAUUUUUGGCCGCGGUAAACCGAAUGGAGCCUCAAUUGCACUUGGAAUCGGGCUAGCUGUACCCACCAGCCCUUCAAGUCCUUCGUCCUGUGAUUUUCAGCAGCAGAGAGCUACUGCCAUCCAGCAUAUGGCUGAACAAGCUGGUAGUGUUUUUAAUAUUUCUCGAAGGCGACAAUGA